CCGUACCCCAAGGGUCUCGCGAGCGCGCACGCGUGCGAAACUGCGUGGGAAUGGCUGUUUGUGUGAUCGAGGGGGUUGGGCCGCUUGGAGUGAGCGGAGAGCUGCAUGAGUUUGUAAUGUCCGCCAUGUUGGCCAUGGCGUAUUGAACCGGGGAGGAACAGCGGAGCCUAAGAAAAAAGAGACCGACAGAGAGCAACCGAGACCCGGGCCUGCCCGGCUCUGACCGCGCUGCUACGGACCCAAGCCAGCCAAUCGACCGACUGACUCCUAGAGACCGUCACAGAUUUAUCCAUGAGAACUCGAGGCAGACCUGCUGUUAUUCCUAGCAGAUCUAAUAGAUUUAUGCUGCAUCUUUUAAUAUAAAAAUGAGUAAAUUGUCGUUUCGGGCACGGGCGCUGGAUGCUAGUAAGCCUCUACCCGUCUUCCGCUGCGAGGAUUUGCCUGACCUGCACGAAUAUGCCUCAAUCAACCGGGCAGUGCCGCAGAUGCCGACUGGGAUGGAAAAAGAGGAGGAAUCGGAGCACCAUCUCCAGCGGGCCAUCUCGGCGCAGCAGGUAUAUGGCGAGAAGCACAACAUGGUUAUCCCCGUCCCCGAGGCAGAGCGCAACAUCACGCACUACGAGUCCCUCUACCCCGGCGAGUUCAAGAUGCCAAAGCAGCUUAUUCACAUACAGCCUUUCAGUUUGGAUACAGAGCAGCCUGACUAUGACCUAGAUUCAGAGGAUGAGACGUUUGUGAAUAAGCUGAAGAAGAAAAUGGAAAUUACCGCCCUGCAGUUUGAAGAAAUGAUAGAUCGACUGGAGAAAGGCAGUGGACAGCAGCUCGUCAGUCUCCAGGAGGCCAAACUGUUGCUAAAGGAGGAUGAUGAACUGAUCAAGGAGGUUUUUGACUACUGGAGCCGCAAAAGGAAAACCUGCAAGGGUGGCUCCCUCAUUCCCAAUGUCAAGCAAGAGAAGAGGGAUGGCUCUAGCACCAGUGACCCUUACGUGGCCUUCCGCCGACGAACUGAGAAGAUGCAGACCAGAAAGAACCGAAAAAACGACGAGGCAUCAUACGAGAAGAUGCUGAAACUGCGCAGGGACCUGAGCCGAGCUGUCACCAUCCUGGAGAUGAUCAAGAGACGGGAAAAGAGCAAGAGAGAACUGCUGCACCUCACACUGGAGAUUGUGGAGAAGAGGAAUCUGACGCCUGACUUCGGCAGUGAGGUAAUGGCUGAGGCACUUGCACAGCGAGCUCUGGUGAAGCCUGUCUACACCAUCCCCAUCAUUCCCCCAUCCAGCAGUAAUCAGUACAGACAUCAGGACCACUUGGAUAUAAAGGACUACAAAAAACCGGAGAAAACCGAGGCAGUACGAACCAAAAGGAAAUAUGAAAAGAAACCCAAGAUCCCUCCUCUGUCAGCGCCUCAACAUUCAGGGCCGUCGGUGUUCAAUCCCAAGGACCUCAACCAGUACGAUUUCCCCAGUUCAGAUGAAGAGCCCUUCUCACAGAUCCAUUCAGGUUCCUCAGAGGCAGAAGAGGAGAAUGACCCAGAUGGCUGCUAUGCGUUCAGGAGGAAGGCCGGCUGUCAGUACUACGCUUCCCAUCCAGACCAGAAUUGCAACUGGCCCUGGGUAAGCCCGUCAGAGGGUGGGCUUGGCAACCCACGCUUCCGCUUCUGUCUGACCUCGCUAAACAUGCCGCCACGCUGCAUAGGUUUGGCACGGCGCCGUUCGGGCAGAGGAGGCAGAAUCUUGUUGGACAGAGCGUAUACAGAUCUAGACAGCAUCUGUCAGAGCCUGGACUCUGACCCGGAGCCCAAACCGCUCACAUCACCACUUCCAAGUACUCCGCUCCGCAACUCCAACGCCAGUACCUCAGAAACCAAUACCUCGGACCCAACCAGCUCCUCCCACCAUCCCUCCUCUUCAUCACUCCUGUCGUCGUCAUCGCCAACACCUAUGGACCUCAGCCAGAUUCUUUUGAACAUUAAGUCUUGCCGCUGGAGGCACUUCAGACCACGGACGCUAUCCCAUCACCCCUUGGGUGGAGGAGACUUGUCUCGCAGAGGAUUUAGGGAUUAUAGCCGUACAGUGUCGGGACUAAACCGGACCCUGUCUGGAGGGGCCAGCUCCAAAAACCGCAUUGGCCUGGCCCCCGCCCCUGUCAAUGUGUUCACGGCAGAGCAGUACCAGCAGCACCAGGAGCAGCUGGCCUACAUGCAGAAACAGCAGCUGGAGCAGAGCAAACAGCAACAACAAGCCAACAACUCUGCAGCAACUAGCAACCCACAGGCUCUCGUGUCCAAGACGUUGGACCAGGCCAGCGCCCAGUUUGCUGCUUCGGCCCUUGUCACCACGGACCAGCUGCUGGCCUUCAAGUCCAAAGAGGAGCUGGUGCUGGCAGGUGGAGUCAACGGGGUCCUGACAGGUGCAGGUGUUUUGAAAGGCUUGCACCUCUCCAGCACCACCGCAGCCCUCCACCCGUCCAACCAGUUGACGCACACUACCACCUCCAUGGCCCCAACUUUCCUCCAGCCCUCUUCCAACUCGGCUACCCAUUCACCCGCCAACGCCGUCCCCACCUCCCUCGCCUCCACCCCCAGCGCCCACGCAGUAGCAGCGCUGGGGAUCCUGGGAUGCAACGCCGCCAACGCCACCCCUGCCACCACUCAGGUCCUCAUCGGGAACAACAUCUGUCUGAGCGUGCCGUCGGCCGGCAGCCUGGCCGGGCGCCACAUUCCCCGGACCCUCGGCAACGUGCCACCCUCUGCCUUAAAGCUGUCCGCCACCACCAACCUGCAGAUGCCCAAAGUCUCUGGAGCAACGUCCAUGGACAUGGGCUCAAGGGAUAAUCACGACGAAGACAAGCCAGCACUGAACAGUAUAGCAGACAACACAGUGGCCAUGGAGGUGACGUAGUAGCGGUGCAGUGAAGAGUCCACUCUUUAGGUGCUGUGCAUCGUAGCAUCGGGAAUGCAAAAAGGGACAGCAGGACUCCGAUGCAGACGGACAGAAGGACGGGGGGCUGCGGCCGCCCGCUUGCAGUUCUCAUCUCUCAUACUUUUUAAACCCUUUUAUGUCUUUGUUAUUUUUUUGUUACUGUUAAAAGUAAAAGAUCUGUAAAUUAUGAAUAUGGCAAAAAUUAGUAUCUGUACAGUAACAACAUAUUUGUAAUAUCCCCUUGUAUAUAUUACUUGAAUACAGAACUGUCCAUUUGUGAUGUUUUGCACUUGGAGUCAAACUUAAAAG